AUGUGGGAUACAGCAAUAGAACAAAAGAAAAGAGAAAAAAAAUUAAAAGUUAGAAAGAAUGAAAUUCGAAAAGAGUCAUCGAAUCACAUUUUACUUGAAGUUCGAUGUCAAGGAUCCGACAAUGAAUUAAAUCGCAUGAACAAUAAAUUACAAAUGACUGCGAAUUCUUGCAGCAACAUCUCAUUUUAUGUAACUUUCAGUUUGUUGCCUGAUAAAGAAGAUUAA